GUGGCGAAGAGACGGCCCUCGUGGCCGCACAACCACUGCCGGCUGGCUGCCGUUCUCGGCCCUUCUCAACACCUUCCUGCAACCAGCCGCUUGCGGCGGAUGCUCACGGACGCCUGCGGUUCACGACCCGUGACGCGGCCGGUGCCCGUGGCUUGCGCCGGCGUCGAGCUUCUCCUACCGGCGACCGCGAACCCGCUGUGCGCGCGUCUGGCUCGCGACUGUCACGAGCAGAACGCGACCGUGUCGCGACUGGCGUGCGGUCGCCUCUCGCUGAUCACGACGCGCGCCCUGUGCGCGGGCGAGGAGCUUCGGCCGUGGCUCUCGCCUUCGCUGCUCACCGAGCUCGGCGUGCCGGCGGCGCUGACGCCGGCGCACAUUCGCGGCCACCGGUGCUACGCGUGUCCGGACUGCGGCACGGCCUUCGAGCAGCCCAACCCGCUCAAGGCGCAUCUGGCGUUGGACGCGUGCGGCGCCAAGCCGCCGAGGCUGGCGCCUCCCAGGCACGCGUGCGCCUUCUGCGGGAAGCUCUACUCUCGCAGGUACGGCCUAAAGAUUCACGUGCGCACGCACACCGGCCACAAGCCCCUAGAGUGUCGUUUCUGCCGGAGGCCGUUCAGUGACCCGUCCAACCUUAACAAGCACGUGCGCCUGCACGCGCAGCGGGAUUCGCCUUACCGCUGCGCGCUGUGCGCCAAGAGACUGGUGCGCCGCCGAGACCUGGACCGACACCUACGUGCGCGACAUCAGCUCGAAGCUCAGCCUGUACUGACAGCUACCAGACCAACGUCCUGCGACGACGACAGCCGCAGCAGCGUCGGCGCUCUCUUGAACACUCGUGAAACAGACUGUUCCUCGAGUGAUGCACAGCGGAGUGGUAUACCAAGGGGUGAGGGCGUUUAUGAGAGCUUACGCUCAUGGAGGAAGGAAAAAACUAGGAGUGAGCCUCACGCAACAAUCUUGAAGCCUAGUCAUAAAAAUGUUAAGGAGAAAUAGGCCCUGAUCACGUGAUAGGCAAGCGCCACUAUUGGUCGGCUUGCUUUGGUUGUGUAGCAUGUAGGCGCUUCUUAGGGGCCUAAUCUAUACCGAGGAAGCACCGCGCACUGGUCAGGAGGGGCGACGUCAAAGGAGGUUGGCCUGGCCGAGGCUAGCGGAAUCACGUGGCGCUCCCUCCUAUAAAAAAUGUCUUUUCCUUCAUUCAUGCUUACGCCACAGCUUACGUCAAACAAUCACGUGAUUGAAUUCCACGUACGACGGGCAGGUGGCCCCUCCAAUACAUACAUUUUUUUUUUAAUUUGGAACUUGUUCUGCCUCACAGACAUCGUCAUCGACAAAGGGCGACUAUUUUUCUAUGGUAUAGUCCUCAAAAAACGGUGAGGUUGUGUUUCUUGUUCUUUAUCUCACAAACCUAGACAUUGCUCGCCACACUUAGCAAGAAUAAAGAUGAAUUUAUCGUCGUCAGCAAGCCUGAUCAUGUGUAAAAUCAAGACACCAUUCAUCACGCAAAUAUAGCGUCCAGUCGACUGCGAGUUCAACAAAAGAAAAGUCGGCUGCUAGAGUCUGCUAGAAACAGACUCUACGAAAUCACACCAAACCUACGGGUGGGAAGAGCUCGUAGCAAAUAAUUAUUUCACGACGCUUGAGAACUCUUCCCACGGCCCUUCACUUGUCAAGAUCGUCCGAUUCGUGCGUAGGCGAGGAAGAUCUAAAAUUUCUGACGUGCUGAACUGGGAUGAUUAAUAUCGAAUGAAUACGAACUCUCUUUCUCUCUCUCUCCAGCACUAGAAAGGACACGAAAUAAUCUACAGAAAGUACGUCGUUACAAUACCUGGUAACCAUGCAUGUUCAGCAGCUGGCACCACAAUACAGCUCUGGCGUCUGCAAGCCCGGAUCAAAUCCUGAAAACAGUUCUCAGGAAACUUUACUUGAAUUGCAUUUUUCGCUAACCACUUGAAGAUAUUCCAUAAAAAA